GCGGGCGGGGAUUGGUCAGGGCGGAGAGAACGGCGGAAGCGGCGGCGGGGCGGGGCGGGGUGCGCGGGCAGGCCGGCAUGGAGCCCGCGGAGGGCCCGGGGGAGCUGGGCUUCCACGGCGACGAGGAGAUCAUCGAGGUGGUGGAGCUGGGCCCGCCCGGGCCGGAUGACCUGGCCGACGAGAUGGAGGAUGUGGACUUCGACGACGAGGGUGCUGAAGAGCCCGAUGCUGAGGCUUGGGAGACGGAGGAUGACGAGGGAGUGGAGGACGGCAUGGAGGCGCAGGAUGACAGCGAGGUCACGUUCUCCCUCCACUCAGCUUCCGUUUUCUGCGUGAGUCUCGACCCCAAGACCAACACACUGGCAGUGACAGGCGGGGAAGAUGACAAGGCCUUUGUGUGGCGUGUGAGCGAUGGAGAGCUCCUGUUUGAAUGCUCAGGACACAAGGACUCGGUUACCUGUGCCAGCUUCAGUCAUGACUCCACAUUUGUGGCCACGGGUGACAUGUCUGGGCUUAUCAAAGUGUGGCGGGUGGACGCCAAGGAAGAAGUGUGGUCCUUCGAGGUGGGGGACUUGGAGUGGAUGGAGUGGCACCCUCAAGCCCAUGUCCUUCUGGCGGGCACGGCUGAUGGCAACUCCUGGAUGUGGAAGAUCCCUAGUGGAGACUGCAAAACCUUCCAGGGCCCUGCGUGCCCGGCCACGUGUGGCAGGAUCCUGCCUGAUGGGAAGCGAGCGGUGGUGGGGUAUGAGGAUGGGACCAUGCGCAUCUGGGACCUGAAGCAGGGAACCUCGCUGCAUGUCCUGAAAGGUCAGGAUGGCCACCAGGACCCCUUGACAUGUGUGGCCAGCAACCAGGAUGGCAGUUUGAUCAUGACGGGCUCUGUGGACUGUCAUGCCAAGCUGGUCAACUCCGCCACGGGCAAGGUGGUGUGUGUGUUCAAGAUGGAAAACACGGCUCCAAAGGCCCCCACCGGCGAGGGCGAGGAGGCAGAGUCCAACUCGGUGGAGUCGCUGGGCUUCUGUAAUGUGAUGCCACUGGCUGCCGUGGGCUACCUGGAUGGCACGCUGGCUAUCUACGACCUCUCCACACAAAGCUUGAGGCAUAAGUGCCAACACGAGUCAGGAAUCGUGCAGCUGCUGUGGGAGGAGAGCUCGGCUGUGGUCUACACCUGCAGCCUGGAUGGAGCUGUGCGGCUCUGGGACGCCCGCUCAGGGAAGAUGAUCAGCGAGUACCGAGGGCACUCAGCUGAAAUCCUCGACUUUGCCGUCAACAAGGAUGCCUCCAUUGUGGUGACGACCUCUGGUGACCACCAAGCCAAAGUGUUCUGCGUCCAGCGCCCUGAUCGUUAGAAGCUGUGCUGAGCAAUGGUGUCCUGGCUCUGCCAGGUGACUUGUGUACAGAGGGAGGAGGGAGAUGGGUUUCACCACUCUUCUCCCGUGUGUGCUUUGUAAUUUUCCAGCCUGCCCCACUUCGCCCUCCCUGUCUGGGGGCCAGGCCUGAGGUUUUGUAUGAAAAUGUCUCCUAAUUAUAUAAAUUAUUUCACUUAA